AGGAAAUCAAUUUUGGAAGCAUACCGUUUGAAUCUCACAGGUGUUUUAAAAAGGUAAUUUUGCAAACUGUGUGGAAGUCUUCGCCGUUUGAAACAUGUCAGACAAAGUGGAGGUUAACCUGACAGGAGUCAAACAGAGCAAAGGCGUGUGGCUCGUUAAGGUUCCCAAAUACUUAUCCCAGCAAUGGGACAAAGCCACAGAAAAGGGAGAAGUUGGAAAAAUUACAAUUGGCAAGAAACAAGGUAAAACUGAGGUGUGUUUCAGUCUGAGUGAGGAUCUGGCGGCCCUGGGCUCUGCGGAGGAGAAGGAUGCAUCGGUGCAGGUCCCCAGGGAUCAUCCCUUCACUAUGCAAACUGUGGGCGGACAAACCAUGGCUGUCUUCAGCCAAAGCGACACAGAUGGAAUCAGUGUGGAGGGCAUGGUGGUGCACAGAGCUGAAUGCAGACCCAUCGUCUCUGAAGACUACAUGAAGAUCAAACGGCUGCAGAUCGAGUCUGUCAAGCCUCAGCGUCUGUCGCAGCAGCUGGACCGGGCCAUCACCACUGUCUUCAAGCCUGUGGCCAACCAUGAUUUCAAUGUGGAGUUUGAGAAGAAGAAGAAGUCCGAAGGGAAGAUGGUGAGGGCGGAGCGACAGGUUGUGAUGGACAUGCUCUUCUCUGCCUUCGAGAAGCACCAGUACUACAGCUUCAAGGACCUGGUGGACAUCACCAAACAACCCGUGACCUACCUUAAAGAGAUCAUGAGGGAAAUCGGAAUAUGCAACCGCAAAGGAGCACACAAGAGCAACUGGGAGCUGAAACCGGAGUACCAGCAUUACCGGCCCGCUGAGGAGGAAGAGGAGGAGAAGCAGGACUCAUAGACGUCUUCUGAUGGAUUCUGGCAUUAAGCUGUGUUUAUUGUUUAGUUUUUGUUUGCAUCAGUACAAGCUUUUUUUUUUUUUUUUUCUCCUCUCUCGUUAGUGAACAGGUGGAACCAAUGACAGUAACGAGGGCUGUGCAUGUCCUUCAGCACACCUGUUUGAAACGCCACUCACAGGAAGUGUUCCUUUGAAGAGACGCUGUUGUGUUUACAGCAAUGAAAAUAAAGACUAAAGGGCAAAACAGUCUCUUUAGUAGUGUUACCAUG